UUGAUUUUGAAUUCCUCCUUACCACCUUGUUGGAAAACAAAUAAGAUAAAAAAUGCAUCCAAGCUACUUUAAAGAAAUAUUUUGUAGGCUGUGUCUUAACAUAUUAAGCGAUAGAAAAUGUGACAUAAUAGGAAAAGCCAUAAGGAAACUUCUGGAAGUAGUUUUGCCAAACCUAAAUUUGGAAGAAGGAGAUGAACACGUAAUUUGUAAAGCAUGCUCUGUAAAAUUGUUCGCUGCCUUUAAUUUUAAAUCGACGUGUAUAAAUACCGAAGAUAUUAUUUUUCGUUGUCUUAAUUCCAAUAAAGUGUCAGCGGUCGACUUAAAAGAAAUUUAUCUAAAGGAGAAGGGAAAUGUUCACUUAACCGAUAUACCAGAAAAUCUGAGAAUUUGUCGAUUGUGUAUUCAGUUGGUGACGGAUGGAUUUGUGUCACUAAAUGAAAUAGACAUUGGCAUAAUCAAUACAUAUAUACCCGAAGUUAAUAUCAGUGCGACCAAGGACCCUGUUAUAUGCAGGCCGUGUUUUGACUCGCUUCGCACUCAUAGUGAUUUUGUAAACAAUUGCCUUGAUGCACAGGAGAAAUAUAAAAGUGCGGAUAAGCAGUUUGAUAUUAAAUUUGAAAAGAUUGAUAUAAAACUGGAAAAAGAUUGUCAAGAUGCGGAGGAGAAACAUGAAAAUAUCGACAUUCAGUCUUAUAUUAAGUCUGAGGAGAUUGAAAUAAAGAUAGAGGAAGACGAUCAGAAUGGAUAUUCCCUUUCGAACGACUCAGACCAUGAGACAGUUGAACACGAAAAGAGAUAUACUUCUGAAGAUACAGGAGAAGUAAAUAUUGAACGUACGCUUAAAUGUGACUCGGGAUUUAUUGAAUAUCGCACAACAUCAAUGUUAGUUCAGAAGGUCCAGACGCCCAAAAGGGAAAACCUUAGAUUUAAGAAACGAGAACCUUUAGAGGCACGAUUAUGCCGCUGUAAUAAAUGUAGUUAUGAAACUAAGCUAGAAGUGAAUCUCAGAAGGCAUCAGUUAGCCCACAAAACUAUACGUGUUGCAAACAGACGUAAGUUAAGGCAUAAAAAUAUUCCGAAAUUCCAAAUGUACACGUGUGAUACUUGUACCUACGAAACUAAAUAUAACGGACAUCUAAGAAGGCAUCAGUUGAUGCACAAAGACCCUUUGAAAUUCCACAUGUACAAGUGCGAUACUUGUACCUAUGACACUAAAUAUAAAAGCGAUUUAAAUAAGCAUCAAUUUCAGAAUCAUAAAGAUUCUUUAGAAACACAAACGUACAAGUGUGAUACUUGCACCUACAAAACUAGGUUUAAGAGACUUCUGAGCGAUCAUCAGUUAAUGCACAGAGACCCUUUGACGAUCCAGAUGUACAAGUGUGACACCUGCAGCUUUGAAACUAAACAUAUGGGACAUUUAAGAAGGCAUCGGUUAAGGCACAGGGAUCCUCCGAAAUCCAAACGUCCAAAGGUUGUUAAGAAACCAAAUACAAGCGACGCGUAAAGUCCGAAACUGCCGACGAAUG